AUGUCUCUGCGUAUCAACUACCAUGGUGUGCAGAAUGUCAUUAAUGUUCGGUUGAACAGGAAUUCCGGACUGAAUGCAGCUGACAAGACCAGUCGGCCCAUGACUGCUCUCCUGAAUAUCUCUCAGGAAGAAGAAGAGGCAACAUUACGAAUAAGGGUGUUCCAAUUUGCUUCUUCAUCACUAAUGCUGACAGGAACACGGCCAGACAGAGAGUAA